AUUCGCGUUUGAUCUUAUUUUUGUUUAGUUUUUUUUUUCGGAUUGAGUUCUGGCCAAGUUCUUGAUGGAUUCAACUAGUUCUGAUGAAGUAUUGCUCCUUCCUACAGCUUCUGAAAGUUCGGAUUUAAUGUCGGUGUUUAAAGUCUUGAUCGAGGAUACUUCUAUUUCCUAUUUCUUAUGAAAAUGUUGGACUAUUUUAGGAUUUCGAUUCGUAGUGGUUGGUCUUAUCGAAAUGCAGUGGACUGUGUGGUCUCUAGUCGAUCUUGUUCUGUUUUUCAGUUAGCAAUGGAAUUUUGGGAAUUUAUUCAAUCCAAAGGUAGGGAGCUAAACGUGAUCUAAAACUUGGUUGGUUGUUUUGCAAGGAUACGGUGUUGAUGGAAUUGCUGGUUUCCACGAAUUGGUUGUGAAGCAGUGGACGAAAUUUGGUGGUGGUAUAUGGUUUUGAUUUUUGUUCAUGUUGCUGUGAUAGUUCGAUUUUGUUUUGGACAGAUUUAUUUUGGGUGUGAGAUGUUGGCUUGAUCUUGUAUUCUGGUCUUGUGAAGGUUCCGAGUCUUAAGGUGGAAGUGAUAUUGUUUUGUGAUAAUUUCUGGUUCUUUGUGAUGGUGCUGAAUUCACGGGUCAAGGGAGCUGGAGAAUCUUUGUCCUACUUCAUGUUUUAUCUCUUGUGAAGGUUGAUUUCAGUUUAUGGUAUAGAGGAUUUGAGUCAAUGACGUUCUUUGUUCUUUAAGUCACUAUGUUUUUUUUUUGGGUGAACCGAUUUAGUAGGAUGGAAUGUGAUUGCAAUGGGGUUUCUGUUUCUUUUGGAGGGCUGUGGAUUUGUUUGGACAGAUCUAAGGGUUGUGAAUCGAUCUUGAUGUAGUUUUUGUUCGACAAGACAACUUUGGAUUUCUGGGCAGAUUUGAAUAUUUUGAAUCAACCUUAAUAUUGUUUUAGUUUCGACAGAUAGCCUUGAAUUCUGGAUAGAUUUGGAAGAUUGUGAGAUGAAUAUGUUAUAUGUUGUUUGUGUGUAUGUAUAUUGUUUCAUAUUAUCACUGGUACGGGGGAGAUGUUGCUGGAUUUUUGUCUGGCAGAGACUCCUCUGGGGGCGUGACAAUUUUUGGUAUCAGAGGAGGUUUGCGAUGCCAUUUUUUGUCUUGUGGAUUUUCGAGUUAAUCUGAUACUAAUUUUUGGUAUCAGAGCAGUUUUAUGAUGUCUGUUGUUUUUCGUGUUCUGGAUUUUCGAGUUAAUCGAUAUUAAUUUAGUGGUAUCAGAGCGAGUUUUACGUUGCCUAUUUUUGGGGUUUUGGUUUUUUUGUUUAUUUUCCCUUUGCAAAUUGAUUCCUCUAUAUGACCUUCGAGUUUUGGGACCAGGCAGCGACAGGAAUCUCCAAGCUAUAGGAGGAAACAAAAUUUUGUGAAGAAUGCAGAUUGAACCAUCAAAUAUAAAGAAAUGGAAUAUAAUCUAUCCAGUAUACAUUAACUCAAAGAAGACAGUUGCUGAGGGACGAAGAAUCAGUACAGCAAAUGCAUGUGAAAACCCCACAUGUGUUGAGAUUAGUGAUUGCUGCAACUAUCUCAAGAUUCCAUGUGUAAUUGAGAUAGACAAGGCAUAUCCUCGGGACUUCAUGCAAAGAGGGAGGAUUAGAUUCCAGCUGAAAAAGGAAGAUGGAUCUCUCUGGAAUGCCGAGAUUGGUUCAAAAAAGCAACUUAUGCUGAGGGUUGCAGAGUUAAUUCCAAAGCAUCAUGGAAGAACAAAGAAGCAGGAGCCUGCAAACGCCUCGACGGCCGCCGGAUCUUCAAAAUCUGGAAAGGGUGGAAAGAAAAAGAAAUGAUCAUCCAAUUUGAAAAAUCAUCCCCAAAACAUUGAAAAAGAGUGAUGGUCGAAGAAUUUGCUACUUCAUCCCAAGAUUACUUUAGCUGUUGUCAGUUGAAUUUGUAUUCACAAAAAGUAAAUCACACAGGCUUCUCUACAUCUAUCCAUCCGACUAUUUAUUUUCCUUUGCCUCAUUGUUCUUUUAUGAUCUAACUGCUUGCAUCAAAAUGUCAUUCCCAAUUUUUCCUUUCCAUAUGAAUACUUAUUCAAGGGAGUGUUUAUCUA